AUGGCCGGCCAUGAAUUCACGCUGUCCUUUGAGACUACUCCCCCAACAGCCGCCAAGCCCGGUUCUCCCUUCACAAUCCCAGUAGUCAUUGCCGUCAACCCAAUCGGGACACCCGCACAAAAUGUGCAGCACCUGGUUGUGAGCGCCUCCCUCCGUGACGAGGCUGGCACUGGACCUGCCGCCGGACUGAGUGGGAGUCUCACGGCAAGUGUGCGGAGUCGAACCGAUAACGCAAUGAGCGGAUAUGCAAAACUCAGCCCGCUCACUAUCUCGCAGCCAGGCAAGUUCCGGCUGCGGGUAAUGCUUAGCGCAGCUUCGUACAACGGUGUUGUAACGAAGGAGUAUGUUGAUUCGACAAUAAUCCAUGUGCACGCCGGUGCGGCUGCCCAACGGCCAACUCCCACUCAGGUGGCACGACUCCAACGGCUCACGGCUGAAAACUUGGAUAUCUCCACGGCGGACAUUGCAGCAUGGCAGCGUGCAUGA